UGGAGCUAUGGCUGUCCUUCUUGGGGUGCGACAGUUGGGACGGUUGUCUGCGGGACUUAUUAGGGUGCUGGGGGUUCACACAGCUUUAACGCCUAUCCAGGGCUGGUGGAGAGCUGGGCUCCAUGGAUUCCGCCUGCUCAGUUCUGCAGACAUUAGAAGCUACAGCUCAUCAUCUGAGGGCAAACUCAGCCAUACUCAGGGGCCCACAGACAUUGAGCUUGUCUGUAAGACGGUGGGAGAGUGCUUUAAUGACACUGUCAAGAAGUUUCCAGACCGAGAAGCCCUGGUUUCUGUACCACAGAACAUCCGGAAAACAUUUGCUCAGCUUAAGCAGGAGGUGGACGUGACUGCCUUGGGCCUUGUGAAACUUGGCAUCAACACAGGGGACCGACUUGCCGUGUGGAGCCCUAACUCCUAUGAAUGGGUGUUGAUGCAACUGGCCACUGCUCAGGCUGGCAUCAUUCUGGUAUCUGUGAACCCUGCUUACCAGGCCCAGGAACUAGAGUUUGUUCUCAAAAAGGUGAACUGCAAAGCCAUUGUCUUCCCUAACAAGUUCAAGACGCAGAAUUAUUAUAAUAUUAUGAAGCUGAUCUGCCCAGAGCUGGAAACAUGCAGUCCAGGGGAAUUAAGGAGUAAGAGGCUUCCAGACCUGACCACAGUCAUCAUGGUGGACUCUAAAUUGCCUGGGACUCUGCACAUGAAUGAUGUACUACAGUCUGGGAAUGCUGCUCAGAUGGCUCAGCUCAGGGAUAUUGAGAAAUCAUUGUCCUGCUAUGACCCCAUCAACAUCCAGUUCACCUCGGGAACUACUGGAACACCUAAGGCAGCCACACUUUCUCACCACAACAUUGUUAACAAUUCCAUCUUCAUAGGGAGACGGAUGGAUCUUCAUAAGAAGGAGGCCCGGUUGGUCCUUCCUAGCCCCCUCUACCACUGCCUGGGCUCUGUGGGGGGCACGAUGGUGUCUAUAGUAUAUGGUGUCACUUUCAUCUUAUCAUCUCCAAGUUUUGAAGGCAAGACGGCACUGGAAGUUGUUUCUCGUGAGAGGGCCACCUUGAUAUAUGGCACCCCUACAAUGUAUAUUGACAUGCUGAAUCAACCUGACUUUUCCAGCUAUGACCUUUCAUCCCUUCAAGGAGGUGUGAUUGCGGGAUCCUUAGCCCCCCCGGAACUCAUCAGAGCCGUCAUCAAGAAGAUGAACAUGGUAGAUCUAACGAUUGCUUAUGGGACCACAGAGAACAGCCCUGUGACUUUCAUGAACUCCACUAAGGACAGCAUAGAAAAGAAGACACAAACAGUGGGCAGGAUUAUGCCCCACACAGAGGCCAAGAUCCUGGAUUUACAGACAGGGAAGGAGCUAGAGAGAAACAUGGCAGGGGAGCUGUGUAUCCGUGGUUACUGUGUCAUGCUGGGCUACUGGGAUGAUCCUCAGAAGACAGACGAGGCCAUUGAUCAGGACAAGUGGUACUGGACCGGGGAUGUUGCCACCAUAGAUGAAGAAGGCUUUUGUACAAUUGUGGGCCGUUCCAAGGACAUGAUCAUCCGAGGAGGGGAGAAUAUCUAUCCAGCUGAACUGGAAGACUUCUUUCACAAGCAUCCUAUGAUCCAAGAAGUCCAGGUGAUUGGAGUGAAAGAUCUUCGGAUGGGGGAAGAAAUCUGUGCUUGCAUCCGUCUCAAAGCCACGGCAAAGGAUAUCACCCCGGAAGACCUGAAAGCUUACUGCAAAGGAAAGAUCUCCCAUUUCAAGAUCCCUCGAUACAUCGUGUUUGUUAAGGACUAUCCCCUCACUGCCUCUGGGAAGAUUCAAAAAUACAAACUUCGGCAGCAGAUGGAAGAGCAUCUGAAGCUCUGAAUCCAGGGCCAGGGUGGGGAAGGGUUUCUCUAAGCACCCCCUUUCCAGCUUACCUGAGCCUCCCUCCCUUCCCCAAUCAUCACCAUCUUCAUCACUCCUUUUUAACAUCAUAUAAAGAGCUCAUUUCAAUCCA